AUGGGAAACGAGGCCAGCUACCCGGCAGAGAUGUGCUCCCACUUUGACCAUGAUGAAAUUAGAAGACUGGGCAAAAGGUUUAGGAAGCUGGACCUGGACAAGUCGGGCACUCUGAGCAUAGAGGAGUUCAUGUCCCUGCCCGAACUUCAGCAGAACCCGUUGGUGAAGCGAGUGAUCGACAUCUUCGACAUGGACGGCAAUGGAGAAGUGGACUUCAAGGAAUUCAUCUUGGGGACCUCUCAGUUCAGCGUCAAAGGAAACGAGGAGCAGAAGCUGAGGUUUGCUUUCAGCAUCUACGACAUGGAUAAGGACGGCUACAUUUCCAACGGCGAGCUCUUCCAGGUGCUGAAGAUGAUGGUGGGUAACAACCUCAGGGACUGGCAGUUGCAGCAGCUGGUUGACAAAACUAUCAUCAUCCUGGACAAGGAUGGCGAUGGGAAAAUAUCCUUUGAGGAAUUCAGCACUGUGGUUAGAGGCCUGGAGUUCCACAAGAAGUUGGUCGUCAUUGUAUGAGUCCUGGUUUUUUGUUUUUUAAC